CGUCGUGCUGUGGUCAUCAUCCGGGAUUGCACUGCAAUAAAACUUUCUGCUGUGACAUCUCGUCGACUCCCGGGUCCUAGUCAAUCAAAAACGAGGACAGCAAUGACAUCGAUAUUGUAGGCGUACAGACAGAAGGAUUAUCUUGCCUCUUAUGAGGCUCGCCUGUGUUAUUGUUUUGUGUUUUAUACGGACGCUUAAAAUGUUUUUGGAUGAUGACAAUGGCGGAGGAUUAGCAAACUGACAAUUCCUUUUCCAAGAUACCUAAAGUGGUAACCUGAUGCUGUGUGUUUUGACAGAUCAAACCCGCGCGGGCUAUUUGCAUUUUUCUAUCAGCAAAGGGAAUCAAGGAAUGAUCGUGAUGCGGUUUGUUUUAUUUAAAGACGGAUACAUUAAAACAGAGAAUGGCAUCAUGUCUCGUGCAUGGGAAGCGAAUUGAUGAGGGAUUGAUUUUCCAUGUCGCUAACCCACUGUGGAUUGCUUAAUUAUCUUGCUUGUUGGUGAGCUAUUUUUCGAUUACAUUAAUAUGGUGAUUUUUUUCCAGCGUGCGCUUCCUCGUCAUCAUUCCACUGUGUUACAUUUUUGAAAAUCCUGAUACGUAUUCUUCAGUAAGACAACGUCAGAGAAUAAACAAACAUGGGAACUCAGGUUACUGGUACUGGAAGAAAAAGAAUCCCCAACAGGGAGAGACUGACUGCAGAGGAUGAUGCCCUCAAUCAAAUUGCUAGGGAGGCUGAGGCGAGACUGGCAGCGAAGCGGGCAGCCAGGGCCGAGGCGCGGGAAAUACGAAUGAAGGAGCUGGAGAGACAGCAAAAAGAGAUUUAUCAAAGCCAGAAGAAAUACUAUGGGCUGGACAACAAAUGGGGCCACAUUGAGCAGUGGAUGGAGGAGAGUGAGAGGUACUCCUCCCGUCACUCCCGGAGAAAUACGUCGGUUUCAGACGAUGAGGAAAGAAUGUCGGUGGGCAGCCGAGGAAGCCUCAGGGGAAACACAUCUGAUCUGUACUGCGGCACCAACUUCACACCCUCUCUCAAACAUCCACAUUCCACUCAAAAUGGCCGGCCCUCCGUGCUCUUUAAUGACGGCCAGCGCUCCCACAGUCACAGGGGCUCUGUGUGUGAUGAGGCCUUGCACAACAGCACGCGGCGCUUUAGUGGCUCCAUCUCUCGCGGUCCUUCGGACUACAGUGGCUUUCUGGGCUCAAACUCCCGGGCCUCGUCCAGGGCCAGCUCUGCCCGCGCCAGCCCAGUGGUGGAGGAGAGGGCAGACAGAGACUUCCUAGAAAAGGGUUCCAGGACCGCCUCGACCCUCUCGGCAGCCACUCUGGCCUCGCUGGGCGGGCCCUCCUCUCGCAGAGGCAGCUGUGACACUUCCAUCUCAGUUGAAACCGAGGCCUCCAUUCGAGAUAUAAAGGACUCCCUGGUGGAGUCUGAGGAGAAGUUCCGGAAGGCCAUGGUGUCAAACGCCCAACUGGACAACGAGAAGUCCAACCUCAUGUACCAGGUGGAUACCUUGAAGGAGUCACUCAUCGAGCUGGAGGAACAGCUGGCGGAGUCCAAACGAGAGCAUGCCGACAAGGUCAAGGACUUUGAGAGGGAGAGACACGCCCACAGUUUGCUGCAGCUCCAGUUUAAUGAGAUGAAAGAGACGCUGAAACAGAGUGAAGACCUGCUGACGGAGGUGGGUCAGCUCCGUCUCAAACGAGACAGCUGUGUUAGGGAGAUCUCUGACCUCCAGGAGACCCUCGGAUGGAAGGAGAAAAAGAUCCGGGCGUUAGAGAGGCAGAGGGAAUUCUCGGACGCCGGGGUCUGGGAUGAGCGUGAUAAGCUCAGGGAUCAGGUUGUCCACCUCAAAGAUGCGCUGAAGAAACAUGGGAUAGCGCUGUCACCAGAAGUAACCACCAAUGGGGAUGCGGGACAGAUGAUGGACGAGCCCUUCAGUGCAGACUACGCUGCCCUGUUGUCGGAUGAGUCUCAGCCGUCUCACGCUGGGGAGAGCGUGCUUGAGCUCAGACUGAGGAAACUGGUGGAUGAGAGGGAGUGUUUAGCAGACCAGGUAAAAAGGCUGAAGUCUCAGCUGGAGGGAAAACAAAGGAAUGGAUCGGACACUUUGUCUCCUGAGGACACACUAGAGAACGGCGUGGACACCAACAUCCUUGACUUACAGAGAGAUGCCAACCGGCAAAUCAGUGACCUAAAGUUCAAACUGGUCAAAUCAGAGCAGGAAGUCACUGCUCUAGAACAGAAUAUCAUUCGAUUGGAGGGUCAAGUGACUCGCUACAAGUCAGCCUCUGAGAGUGCAGAAAAGGUAGAGGAUGAGCUCAAAGUGGAGAAACGCAAACUUCAGAGAGAGCUGAGGUCAGCCCUGGACAGAAUUGAUGAGCUGGAGGCAAGUAACAGCCAUCUUACCAAGCGCCUGGAGAAGAUGAAGGCUAAUCGGAGUGCUCUAUUGGCCCAGCAGUGAUACACUUCCUGUUUCUCAUGUCAAUGACAGGAGAGGAAGCAAGAGAUCCCACUCCCUAAUUUUCUUCUGGUUUUGAUGUUAGAUGUGAGCUAAGCAGACUAGACCCAGCUACUAUUGGUUGGGUAUCUAUGGGAGAAGCACCGCGUUAGGAAUUAUUUUCUCCAAAGGUGACCUCUCAAUUGAUCCAUUAUCUUUGGUUUUUGUACAUCUUAACUUCCCUGUGACUUUUCAACUUUAAUCUAUGAGACAUUGGAAUAACAGACUAUUCAAACCAAGCAAAGGACUUGCUGGAGCAUCAGCUUCAAGUUAACAUAUCCAUUCACAUUGGAAUCACAGAUGAAUUCACCAUGUUGGGUUCUUCCUCCUCAUCUGUACAAGAAGAGCAGUCCAGUGAUUCACCAAGAAAGACAGAGAAACAAAGGCCCUCUGAACACUUGUUGCUGUCCGCCAGUCCUUCACUAUCAUCUGAAGAGGGAAUAUCCUGCACCAUCGGACAGCUAAGAGGACCUAUCCUCCUACAAUAUACUAGCUCUUAUGUUACACAUCUCGCCAACCAUGAAUGGAUCUGUUCUCUAUAACACCUGGCACUCGCUUUGGCACUUGGGUUUGCAGUCCGCUCAAGCCAGCUUAAUCCAUCCACAUGAAUCUAAGACUAAAAUGUCUGCUAAAAUGUGUGCUUCGUGCCGGAAGAUUUUCUUUUUAUACAUAUUUUGAUGUGAAAAUGCACUUCUGCAUCCUCCUGUCCCCCGAGCCAAAACUCUAAAGUUAAUGUUUAAAGUAAUGCCUGUUUAUUUUUGUUAUGUAUGUUGAUUUCUUUAUAGGUAUGUAACUAUUGUACAUUAGAAGGGUGAAAACCCAAUUGGCACAACAAUAUUCUGGAACAUUCUGAAAAACUCAUGUCAUUUAUGUGGCACGUGAUGGAAUGUUAAUGGCACUUCGGGAUAAAUAUCACCAGCUUUUAAUGUCUGAUAUACUAUGCCCUUUGAGCAAAUAGAAACAAUCAUUGGGGAACGGCAACUCAAACAAUCAGUUAAAUGUACUUUUACUGCAAUAGGUUACUUUUGAAUGUAUUACAUCGGCUGUGACGGUAACACUAAGGUUCUCACAGCCUGACAAUACAAGCACUCAUGCUGGGGGGAAAAAAAAAAGGUCAAAUGUGUUGAAACAAUGAAGGAAGCAUUUCCUUUUCAUCCUGCUUCUCAGCGUUAGGCGUGUCAUGUCUUGUGGAGCCGGAACAUGACCCUGGGGUUACGACAGGGGAGAAAGGGUAUGUUGUUUAUAUGUCCCCACCCACAGUCUACUUCCGUCAGGCGAGUUAAUGCGUUUCUGUUUAUAAUGCUUUAAAAAAACACAUUGGGGUGGUCCAUGAAGGUAGCUAUUACGAACAUUUAGCAAUACUGAAACAUUUAUUUUGGGAAAGGUAAGGCUGUACAGUCCUUGCUUUACUUGAUAUAUAAAUGUUUGGUCUUUAUGAUGGCAUUGACAAGCACUUGAUUAAAGUCAUGCAACAACCCUG